AGAGGGGGUUUCAGUCGGUCUCAGUUGCAGUUCAGCAUUCAGAUUUGGACAGUCAAAUGUUAUUUAGCUUCAUGAUUUCAUGAUCUUCAUGAUAGCGGUACUAUUAGAGUGUAUAUGCUGGCAAUGUACUGUAAGAAAUCUAGCAAGAACGUUCAAGCCAAAUGCCAACAAAUGAGAGAAAGAGGCCAGAUAAAAUUUUUCUGUCGCAUACGAUCAAUGGAGAAUGACAGUGAUAUUUCAUGCAUAAAAGUUCUGUCAGAUAAGAUAGUUUCUCUUACACCACCAAGUACUUCUGUUGGCUUCCAGACUGGAAAUUAUAGAGAGAUUCACUGUUUAUUUCAUCGUGUCUUUGAAGAAGAUGCCAGUCAGGAGACUGUGUUCGAAUGGACGACUAUUCCACUCAUCAAUGAUGUUUUUAGAGGAAAAAGCUGCCUUUUGUUUGCAUAUGGAUUGAGUGGAGGUGGGAAGACCUACACUAUGAAUGGAGAACCACGGAAACCUGGAAUAAUAUCCCGUGCCCUGGAUGUAAUCUUCAACAACAUUAUGCACUUUCAGGCAGAGAAAUUUGUUUUCAAACCUGACAAAAUGAAUGGGUUUGAAGUGCAAGCUGAAGAAGAUGCCUGGAAAGAACGUCAAUGUGAAGCACACAGAACACAGAGGCUGAUGAAGUAUGCAUGCAGGACAGAUGAUGCAAUUGAAUGUGAUCAACAGGCUCCAUGUUAUAUACAACUUGAGGGCAUUGAUGAGGACAACAUUUACGCCAUUUUUAUCAGUUACGUAGAAGUUUACAAAAAUGCAGUCUAUGAUCUGUUGGAAGACACCCGGGAUUAUGGAAAACAUAAGCGUCUUCAGGGAAAGUUGGUACGUGAGGAUAGGACCCAUGAUAUGUAUGUUCAUGAUGUGGUGGAAGUAGAAGUGAAGUCAAGCAAAGAAGCACAUGAAAUAUUGUAUAAGGGGAUGUGUACGAAGCGCAAGAUAUUUGGGUCCGUCACUUCUGGUUUCAGCUGUAGUCAUUCUGUCUUUACUAUAAGAAUUGUUCAGGCUGUGCUUGACCAGUUCGGAGGUGCCCCAGAACAGAAAGGAGCCUAUUGUGUCAGUAAACUUUGUCUUGUGGAUUUGGCAGGUAGUAAGUGCACAAAUUAUAUGAAGAACACAAGCCAGAGACUUGGAGAGUCAGGCAAUAUCAACAACUCCCUGAUGACACUGAAGACUUGUCUAGAAAUACUGCAUGAAAACCAAAAGCUAGGAAUGAAAAAGUUAAUUCCUUACCGUGACUCAAAACUAACAUAUCUCUUCAAGAACUUCUUUGAGGGAGAGAGUAAUAUACAUGCGCUUAUCUGUGUGAACCCCAGAGCUGCAAAUUUUGAUGAGACACUACAUGUUAUGAAGUUUGCAAAUAUUCUAAAGGAAGUGCAAGUUCUACAUCAGUCAUCUACUGUAAAAAGUACUGGGUUUCCAGUUGGCAGGAGAAGAGCUAAUCAGAUGUUCCAGGAGGCAUUGCAGAAGUUGGAACAAGAUGAGAGGGUACAAAGUUCUGAUGAUAUAUGCAGUAUCAGUACAGCCUUUCCAUGCUUGGAGCUGAAAGAUCCAAUGGAUGACAAGUUAAUACACAAUCUAAUACAGUUUUUGGAGUUCAGACAUGAGCAAUACAAUUUGCAGAGGCAGAAUUUGGUUCAUAAAGUUGCAGAGAAGGAAUUCUUUGAACACUUGAAGGCAGUUAUGCAGAAAAAUUUCCUGGCACAGCAUGAGAAUACAAGCUUGCACGACAUUCUUGACUUUGAAACAAAUAAGAGAAUUGCCUUGGAGGCAAAGGAAAAUGAAAUGGAAUCAUGUGCUGAGCAGUUGAGGCAGGAACUUUACAACAGAAGUGAAGCAAUUAAAAUGGUGAAACAGGAGUUGAUGGAAAAGAAGAUGCAGUUGCUCUGGCAGGUACUAGAGAAUAAACAGACAGCACAGAAGUAUCAUAUUAAGUUAACUGCUGAGAUGGGAGAGGUUGCAUGCAGUAUGGAGUAUCUGCAGAGUGAACAGGAAGCUCGGCUAAAGGCUGUUGUGGUGCAUGAGGCUCAAAAUGGCGUGGAAAUGUUGAAGAAACCCUUGCCAUUAGCAUCAUUCUCAAGAAGGAAAAGGUCCGUUACAUCUCCAAUCAUUUCAUCAGAAGAUGAGAACAGUACCAGUGCCAUGGCUUAAAAUUAAAAUUGUAAAAUAUUCUCAGGAAGGACUGCUUGAAGCAUUGAAGAUAUUAAUAUCGUGUUUGCUACAGAUGUGAAUAUGGUAACUUGUCUGAAAUAUGUAAGAUUUGAGGCUUUCACGGCGUGACUAUGAAGAAAGCAGUCUUC